AUCUCCUAUGACGUCAUGCAUAUUAAUGAAUCAAAAUGGAGUCGCACAACAAAAAAUUCUCAUGAAAUAUGCCAAGAAGGAAAAAUGGGGAAAUUCCCCUACCGGAAGGCUGGGAAGAGGGUCGGGAUUUUGAUGGAAAAGUGUUUUAUAUAAAUCACCAAACGCAACAAACCACCUGGAUUGAUCCACGAGACCGAUAUACAAAACCACAAACAUUCUCAGACUGUGUUGGUGAUGAGUUACCCUAUGGCUGGGAGGAAGUUUAUGACCCACAGAUUGGUGUUUACUAUGUAGAUCAUACUAAUCAGACAAAUCAGUUAGAAGACCCUCGUCAGCAAUGGAGGACAGAGCAGGAGGUGAUGCUGAAGGAUUAUCUAGUUACAGCCAAAGAUGAUCUGGAUGCAAAGAAGGAGAUAUACACAGUAAAGGAACAGCGCCUCCAGCUAGCCCAGGAUGAGUACCAGCAUCUACAUGACACUUUGACAGGAUGGAAAUCUUCCAGAACCAGUUUGAAUUCCAACUCAAGUGUUGGGAGUACAAAGUAUGAUCCUGACCUGUUGAAGGCAGAUGUGAACUUGGCACGUAAGCGUGUAGACCGACUCAGACAUGAGCUUGCUCAAAUACAUGCAGAGAUGCAGUACAAACAGAAAGGUCUUGAUACCCUUGCCAUGGUUGACCAGAAGUUGUCAGGUCAGGGGGCAGGGUAUAAUAUUCAGGAGGCCAGGGUGAUCAUGGAUGAAAUGAGAACUAUACAAACAAGUCUUCAUUCCGGUGAAAGGGAAAGACUAGAACUUAUGAAGGCAUUGGCAAGAUUAAAGGAAGAUUUUCUGAGAACAAAGAUUGGAGGCUCCUCACCUGAUGUCUCUACCCUGUCCUUGAUACAGGAAAAAUCUACAACUGCUUCUCAAACUGACCUCCGUGGAGAGUUUGGUUUGACAAGUAGCCGGUACCUGGCAGAGAUCACACGUCUUCGACUUCAGUAUGAUGAAGCUAAGCACCGGCUGUCCCAGCUCAAACAUAUGCUAGCUGAUCUUGAGGAUGACAUGGUUCCUGGCCAGAAUGAAUCAGACAAAGACAGACUUCUUCUUGUACAAGAGAAGGAGCAGUUGUUACGAGAAUUACGUAGUAUUGACCCGAAAGGUCGCUCUCCCGAGGAAAUAGAAAAUGUGAACUUACGUAUUCAACAACUUGGAGUAGACCUUAAUCAUGCCAAAGAAAUCUCAAAUAAACAAAUUGCUGAAAGGCUUAAACACCAGGAAAGAAAAACUGAAAUAUUAAAAGAUUUAGCUGAAACUACUAAAAGAACUACUAUGCUGGAAUCUCAACUUAAAAGUAUGUCAAUGAGUACACUAUCUAUAUCAUCAGGCUCAAGUCUGGGUAGUUUAGGCUCACUGGGCUCUUUGUCAGAAAGCAGUAGAGGGUCUCUACAAUCUCUCAGUAUGACAGAUUUGUACGGAGCGCCUAGCUCUAGUGGUACAAAUCUGCAGGACCUACAUCGAAGGGUAGAAAAACUGUUACAGGGACAUAGUUCUAGUAUAUCUCCGAUACACGAGAACCCUGUUGUUUCGGUAGCACCGGACAUUAUGGCUGCUGCCACCGGAGGAUAUUUACAAAGUGUGCUAGGCCAUAGUAAUCAGGAUCUUACUUCGAGUUUAACAUCAAAUGUGCCAAGUGCAAGUGUUAGUGUACAUAUACCAACAUCGUUAGUACAUGCUUCCCCUCAUUCUUCAUUAACGUCGUUAUCACCGCCAGUGUCACCAUAUGACAUUAAACCAUUUCCGUCGUACGAAGCUGGUCCACCGCCAACAUACACUCAGCACAUGAACAUUGGUGUGCCAAAUGUUUCAAAACCUCCACCCCCUUAUGUCCCCCAGGGACGCUUUGCCCCAACCCCUCCAUUUAACAGCAGUGUAAAUAAUGCAAACAUCACCCCUUAUGUACCUCAAGUCAACGGCAACCAAUCAAAAGCGGCAUUAGAAGCUUCAUUUAUGCCGACUCACUCAAAAACAGAUACAUCAAGCAUAGUUGGCCAAAUGAGCUUGAACUCUGGAUUCGCAGGAGCACAUUCUCAUGGAUUAGAAACUAGUUUAAACUCUGAUCAUGUGUUAAAUAGCAAUAUUUCAAAACGGAUGCAGUAUCCGGAAAAUUUGGACGUUUCUUCAAACCCACCUCUUAGUCCAAUCAGUGAAAGUAGUUCCGGUGUGGGUAAUAAUUUAUCUGGAGGAAAUACUCGUAGUGUGUCAGCAGCGGUUAGUGAUGAAUCUGUAGCUGGAGACAGUGGUGUGUUUGAAGCUGUUGUGAAAAGGGAUCACAUGUUGGAUGAGGUUCUAGAGAUGGGGAUGGAGAGUGCUCAAAUACAAAUUAAAUUGAAAUAUGACACCUCUGAGAGUCUACUUAAUGUUGGUAUAGAACAAGCUCGGAAUCUUGCAGCAUUACAGUUCCCAGAAUCCUCCAAAGUGUGUAUAAAGGCAGCAUUACUACCUAACCCUGAUAUGUCCUGGGUGACUGAACCCUCCUGCGAUCUAAAGAACCCGAAGUUUAGUGAACUCUUCUGUAUCAGCAUUCCACAACGUAUUUUAUUCACCAAGACCCUCCAAGUGAACAUCUGGUGUCUUCAAGACAAUCAGCCUGAUGAAUGUUUUGGUUGUGCAUCUGUAAGUCUUGCAGACUUUGAUCCAAAGGAUGUGAUAUCAAUUAGAUGGUAUAAUGUUCUUAGCUUUAAAUUUAUGCAACCUGACACGAAUACGAUGCAAUCAAAUACCGCAGUGCCUAGUAAAAAAUCGUCGUCCAGUAGUGCUGAUACCAUGGGAGAAAAUGUAACUAUCACUUACAGCCAGACAGAAACUGUGACCCACUCUGAGACUACACAAAUUGACUACAAUGGUUUGGACAUGGUAGAAGAUGUUAUAAGAGGGUUUGAGAAGACAUUAGAGGGUAUUUGUUCCAGUGAAGGAUCAACUGAUCAAGAUGAUCCUUCACGUACAGAGACCUGCGACAAGGAAACAAACACACUAAAUGUACGACAGCAAGCCGCAGAGUCAGGUCAUAGGUUACAGAGCUCUGAAGGUCGUAACAGUGGAAUUAGAAGGUCACAGACGUUCUCUCCAGCGUGUGGACCAGGGGCUCAGUAUAUAUGCAAGUUAAACAGAAGUGACAGUGAUAGUUCUAUGCCUUUAUAUAAAAGAGGUCCUUUCCAGAGAAAUUCUCUACAAAGAAGAAGUUUGAGAUGGAAAAGGACACCAAGCAGUGUAGGUUUAAGGGGAGGUAAGGUUGUGACUCGUACAUCGUUAGAUAUGGAGCUGGAUCUCCAGGCAUCGCAGACACGGCUGUUACACCUUAAUGAUGAAAAUUCACGACUCAGAGAACUCACAAAGAAAAUCGAAGAAGCCAAAGCUAGAGGAGAGACUGAACUUCCAGCAUGGCUGUCAGAUGAUGAACACUUUCAAAGUUUGCUGAGUGAAGCUGAUAAAAUGACAUGGAAAUUAUUUCAAGAACAUAUACAGGAACGUCAACGUGAAGAAAUGGGUCAGAUGACCAAGCAAGAGAGACGUGCAGAACAGUUAAUGAAGAGGGUAACACGAGAUGUACAUCGGUUAAAACGGAACCAUCCUAAUGCACUCACUACAUCUUUCAGGGAGAAGUUGGCCUACAUUACAACAGUGAAUAUGCAGGUCCCGGUAAUACCUUCAGAUGGAAACCAAUCUGAGGACAGCAAAGUCCAGGAACUACUCAAAGAUGGCCGUGUUGGACAUGAGGUGUGAGUAGUCAGGGGAGACUACUGUGGAAGUUACUCAUUAUUUACAUAAAGGGACACUACUCUUGAUGAAUAAACCAUAAGGGAGAUAAUUCAUAAAGUGAAAUGAGUUCUGGUCUGGAGUUGAAUAUACAAAUGUAUAGAAUGUCAA